UUGGAGGACCAGGAGAAUAAAAGGAAGGAAAGAAACUGCAGCAGCCACUUGUUGUGAGGGAUGGAGUGAAGAAUCAACACCAUUGUCAUCAACAGAUUAUUUUGCCCAGCCGUCAGUAUGCCACCCCUUCAGCUUGUUGUACCAAUUACUGUCUGCGUGGCCCUCAUGGCUGUGCUGGCAACUGGUGCUAGAACCACACGCUGGCCCAAACCCCAGAGCACCAAGAAGCCACCUCAAGCUGGGGGCAGUGGUGGAGGUGUGGGUGGGCGAUUUGGACGAACCACCACAACAACCCCAUCCCCUUCCAGCAGCCUGCACACUGAAGAAACAACUGACAUUAUGAUGGAUGCAUACUCCCUGCCCUCUACCGACAGCACCACAUAUUCCAUUGACGCAUACCCUACUGAAUUUCACACUGAUGCUGUAGUGCUCCCUGGGAACACCCUUGCAAACUUUACUCUUGACUACAAUGAGUGCUUCUUCAACUUCUGUGAGUGCUGUCCACCAGAAAAAGGCCCCGUUGGGCCUAUGGGAGAGAGAGGGCCACCGGGGCCACCAGGAGAGAGGGGCCCUCCGGGGUUGCUGGGAGAGAAGGGAGAAACAGGGCCCAGAGGACCUCCAGGACCAACAGGAUUACCUGGAGCCAAUGGACUCAAUGGCGACAUAGGUGGAAAAGGUGAUCCAGGACCUACAGGUCUACCUGGUACCCCUGGGAUGCCAGGAAAACCUGGAGAAAAGGGUGAUCUAGGCCCUAAAGGAGAAAAAGGUGAACAUGGCUUUCCCGGUCUAAAAGGGGACCCUGGAGAAAGAGGAGAGCCUGGCCUGAAUGGGAGUAACGGCAUCCCUGGCCACGAGGGGCCAAUGGGCCCCCCAGGGAUUUCUGGGACAAAGGGUCAGAAAGGUGAACAAGGACAUCCAAGCGAGUGCUUACCAGGUGAGAAAGGAGAGAAAGGUGACAUGGGUGAACAUGGGCCCCCAGGUCCAAGAGGUGAGAUGGGCACCCCAGGACUGACUGGAGCUAACGGUGCAAAGGGAGAAAGGGGUGAACCAGGGCCUCCAGGAGGGAAGGGUGAUGCUGGAGCUAGAGGCCUCCCAGGUGGUAGGGGAUUAGCAGGGUUGAGGGGAGAGAGGGGCCCUAAAGGUGCUCGUGGGCCUCGGGGCCCCAGAGGCCCUCCGGGUCAGAGUGCAGUUCAGGUUCGCUCUGCCUUCAGUGUAGGUUUGUUCCCCAGCCGAUCCUUCCCUCCACCUGGCCUGCCUGUGAAGUUUGACAAGGUGUUUUACAAUGGGGAAGGACACUGGGACCCGGGACUUAAUAAGUUCAAUGUCACAUACCCAGGGGUCUACUUAUUCAGUUAUCACAUCACUGUGCGCAACCGGCCUGUGCGUGCUGCCCUGGUGGUUAAUGGAAUACGGAAGCUGCGGACAAGAGAUUCUCUGUAUGGCCAAGACAUCGAUCAGGCAUCUAACCUUGCACUACUGCAGCUGACCGAAGGUGACCAGGUAUGGCUGGAGACAUUGAGAGACUGGAAUGGAGUUUACUCCAGCAGUGAAGAUGACAGCACGUUCUCUGGCUUCUUGCUUUACCCAGACAUAAAGGAUAAACCUACUCCGUUGCCAAACCUGUGA